AUGCGCCUCUUUGGCAGUCUGCAGACUGCCCUCACCAUUGGCCUUGCCACUGUAGCAGCAGCCGCCUCGCACGCCCGUGGACCGCUGCAGCGCAUUGCACUUGUCAAGAAUGCCGACAUCCUCACACACACACAUCGCGUGACAGCCGUGUCGUCGUUCGACCUUGCCUUUGACGUCUCGGGCCAGCGCGUGCGCCUGAGCCUCGAGCCAAACCACGACCUUUUUGUCCACGGCGCCCGCAUCACCCACCUCAACCCUGAUGGCUCGGUAGCGAGCCAGGAGCCAAUAGACCGCCUGCAGCACAAGGUUUACAAGGGCAAGACGUGGCUCAAGAGGGGCAACCGAUGGGACAAUGUAGGCUGGGCGCGCAUCGCCCUGCGCCACGACGGACUGGAUCCGCUGUUCGAGGGCACCUUUUCCAUGAACCACGACCACCACCAUGUCAAGACGGCCUCGAGCUACACGGCCACGCGCAUGCCCGACGACCCGACCGUCGACGUGCGCGACAAGGACUUCAUGGUCGUCUUCCGCGACUCGGACAUGGGCAAGGGCCGCCAUGGCGAGAACAUGGAACUCAAGAAGCGAGCGGCCAACGUCGGAUGCCCGUCCGACGAGCUCGUCUUCAACACACACGAAAACCACCCAGUCUACGCCAGCAUGCGCGCCCGCGGCGAGUCGCCCGCCACGUCGCCAUCGCUCAUCACGGCCAUGUUCAAGCGACAGGACGACCUGCAGCCCGGAGGCAACGGUGCCGGUGUUGAGCUCUCGUCCACCAUUGGCAAGACGGCCGGAUGUCCCAGCACGCGCAAGGUCGCGCUCGUGGGCGUCGCCGCCGACUGCACCUAUGUGUCUUCGUUCAAAGGAGACAAGAACCAGACCCAGACCAACAUCCUCAGCGCCAUGAACUCGGCCUCGGAGGUCUUUGAGAGCUCCUUCAACAUUUCCCUUGGUGUCGCCAACCUGCUCAUCACCGAGGCCGAAUGCCCCACACAGCAACAGCAAGCAACCCCCUGGAACCAGGCCUGCAGCAACGGCAUCACCAUCCAGGACCGCCUGAACCAGUUUUCCAAAUGGAGAGGCCAGCAAAAGGACACCUAUUCGCACUGGACCCUGCUAUCCACCUGUAACACGGGAUCCGCCGUUGGCCUGGCCUGGCUCGGACAGGCCUGCACCUCCGGCUCCCAGGACAACACGGGAAACUCGGGCGAGACGGUUGCCGGUGCCAACGUAGUCAUCAGGACCGACAACGAGUGGGAGGUUAUUGCUCACGAAACAGGUCAUACCUAUGGCGCGGUACACGACUGCACAUCGCAAACAUGUGCCAACAAAGACGUCGUCAAUGCACAGCAGUGCUGUCCUUUGAGCCAGGGCAGCUGCGACGCUCAAGGUGGUUUCAUCAUGAACCCCUCAACAAAGGAUGGCAUCUCCAAGUUUUCUCCUUGCAGCAUCGGCAACAUCUGCUCGGCUCUCGGACGAAACAGCGUCAAGUCUCAAUGUCUCACCAACAACCGCGAUGUCAGCUUGCUAUCCGGACCGACCUGCGGUAACGGCAUCGUCGAAGGCAACGAGGAGUGCGACUGUGGUGGCGAGUCGGGUUGCAAAGACAACGCAUGCUGCAACCCAAAGACGUGCAAGUUCAUCAACAAUGCCGUCUGUGACGAUUCCAACGAGGACUGCUGCCGCAACUGCAAGUUCGCCUCUGCCAAUACCGUCUGCCGCACCUCGGUCGGCACCUGCGAUCCAGAGGAAACUUGCACGGGCACCUCGCCGUAUUGCCCCGAAGACAAGACAAAGCCCGAUGGUUCCGACUGUGGCAACGGACUCACUUGCGCGUCUGGUCAGUGCACGAGCAGAGACAUGCAGUGCAAGACCAUCAUGGGCAGCUAUACUCAAGGCAACGAUACGUAUGCUUGUGACAACAGCAACUGCAUGCUGAGCUGUGCAAGCCCAGAGUUUGGAGCCAGGUGCUAUGGAUUGCAGCAAAACUUCUUGGACGGCACCAGCUGCACCGGAGGGGGCACAUGCCAAAACGUACGUGGUAUUCUCCCCAUUUGCUUUCUUCUCCAUUACUAA